CAUAUAUCCAGUACGUGCAGUGGGAUCAAAUUAAAAGUAUUUAAUUUGCAGGUAAACAUGGCAAGUGAUGAGCAGUGUGGCAUGAAGCAGAGAUGGUCCCUCAAGGGGAUGACAGCUUUGGUGUCUGGAGGCACCAGAGGCAUUGGGGCUGCCAUAGUGGAGGAGCUGGCUGGGUUUGGGGCGGAGGUUCAUACCUGUUCUCGGAACCAGAAAGAGCUCGAUCACAAGGUGCAGCAAUGGCAGGCUAAAGGCUUCAAAGUUUCCGGUUCAGUCUGCGACUUGGCCUCUAGAGAACAGAGAAAACACCUCAUUCAUACUGUAUCUUCCGUCUUCAAUGGCAAGCUCAACAUCCUUGUGAACAAUGCUGCAAUUAGUAAGAUGGAGAAAGCAACCGACUAUGACGCAGAAGAGUUUUCACGAAUGAUUGAAACAAAUGUGGAGUCACCCUACCACCUGACGCAACUCGCAUACCCUCUCCUGAAAGCCACCGAAAACGCCAGUGUGGUCUUCAUUUCCUCUCUUGCAGGCCACGUUGCAUUGCCUGCAUUCUCUGUUUAUGGAUCCUCCAAAGCUGCUAUUAAUCAGCUUACGAAGAAUUUGGCAUGCGAAUGGGGAAAUGAUGGCAUCAGAGUCAAUGCUGUUUCCCCAUCUGGCGUACGGACUGCACCCAUAAAACGCGAGGAAAUUGAUCCAUCAAUAUUGAAAGUGUAUGGUGGAAUUAUGAUGAGAACUGCACUGAAGCCAAUAGCAGAAGCUAAUGAGAUAUCUCCAUUGGUAGCAUUCCUUUGUCUUCCUGCAGCUGCUUCACACAUCACUGGCCAAGUUAUCCUCAUCGAUGGAGGCUACACAGCUGGAGGCUUCCACUUCUAAUUUUUUUUUUUUUUUUUUUUAAUUUUUAGCACUAUAUGUAAUCAUCCAGUCCAAUGCCACAAUUCGGACCAUAAAAGAUCAGAUAUAGUCGUGCUCAAUAAUAAUAAUAAUAAUAAUAAUAAUAAUAAUAAUAAUAAUAAUAAUAAUACCUGGUAGGUACUCAAUUAUCGGGACCCAUUAUACGGUUCUUAUACUGAAAUAUGUG